GAGGAGGAGAGGAGAGAGGGAGACAGAGGCGAGGAGAGAUACGAGGAACACGGCAAUGCGUUCAGGAUGAAGACUUAAACCGCUGCUGGUUUUAUUUUUUCCUACAACAAGGACCGCAAAGCGAAUACUUGUGAUAAUCCAGCGUCAGCACAUCUGUGAGGAGAGGUAAAAGUGAGGUCCGACGUCGCACUCCUCUUGCGCCCGGCGCGCCUCGGUGUCACCGCGCACAGAAAUCCUGGAUGAGCACAAAGUAUAAAGCUUCAGCACCUGAGGAGAGGACAGCUCCACUCUGUGUGCUCCUCCGGACAUCCUGUCCGAAAACUCCGCUACAGAUUUUAAUAUCAACACUUCCAGUCUGACUCUCCGCUUCACAAGUCUGGAAGAAGUCUAAAGACCCGCUGACGGAGAGAUCCGCGACUGACUGUGUGCUCAAUAUGUACCAGGGGCAUUUACAGGGGAAAGACUCUAGGGCUGCAGAUAAGACUGUUGCCAUGGUCCUGAAGGAGAUACCAAGUAAGGCGUCAUCAGAAGGGAAGCCCCUCCUCACAGUGACUACCAAGCUGGUGAGUGAGCAACAAGAGAGCCGCCCGCUUUUAAGUCCCUCCAUCGACGAUUUUCUCUGCGAGACCAAGUGUGAUGGGGUGUCCCGCCCAGUGACUUCCAACACAGCAGUUCUGUCUUCAACACUGGACCUGCUGGAUCUCAGUGAACCUGGCGAGAGGAGGAGCAGCAAGGACAAAAGGAGCCCCCUGUCAUCCCGGGGCAACAGCCAGAAGAACAACUCUCACAGGAAGAAGACGGAUGAAACGGAGCUGAUCCAGGUGGAAGUUGAACAGACAGGACCGAGCAUGAGGACCCCGGAGAGAGCGUCAUUAGACUCAGUUACUAUUGGUUCCCCGUUGGAUAAAUGGGAAGAGCUGAACCCCAACCCUGAGAGGAAUGGGAACAGGAAAUGGAAGUUGGAGAGACGACGUUCUUCUAAAAACUCGUCCAAUGAGUUUCUUUGGUCCAUAGACUGUAAAACCCAAUUAGAGCCACUGAACAAGAACUCCUUGGAAGCGAACACCAAAGUGGAGCCUGAGUCUGCCCUAGCAUCUCAACUCAACAGGCAGUAUAUUAGUGGAAGACAUGCUCGCUUAAACAAGGAGCAGCGGUGGGGCAGCGCCCUCCUGUCCAGACAUCAGUCCCUGGAGGAGGAGUUUGAGCGAGCCAAGGCUGCUGUUGAGUCAGAUACAGAGUUCUGGGAUAAGAUGCAGGCAGAAUGGGAAGAGCUCGCUCGGCGGAACUGGCUGACAGAAAACGAGCAGGCGCAGAUUCCCUCCUCUGUCUCUCCACAUGAGAAGGGUUACUACUUCCACACAGAUAAUCCUUAUAAAGACUUGCCUAACGCAUUUGAAGAGGGACUAAAGAAGUCUCGAGAGGGAGACUUGCCAAAUGCUGUGCUUAUGCUGGAAGGAGCUGUCUUGCAGGACCCUCAAGAUUCAGAGGCUUGGCAAGUGUUGGGGACCACGCAAGCUGAAAAUGAGAAUGAGCAGGCUGCGAUCGUCUCCCUCCAGAGGUGUUUGGAGCUCCACCCAAACAACCUCCAAGCCCUCAUGGCCCUGGCAGUGAGCCUGACCAACACUGGUAUGCGACAUGAUGCCUGCGAGGCCCUGCUCCGCUGGCUGCGACACAAUCCAAAGUACAAGCACUUAUUGAAGGGCAAAACGCACCUCAUAGGAUCCCCAAACUCUCAACGCAGGAUGUCUACCGCUCUCAACAUGGGCAGACAUGAAAGCUCCAUGCUACCCGAGGUCAAGGAGCUCUUCCUGGAAGCAGUUCAGCACAACUCUGACAGCAUCGACCCGGAUUUGCAGACAGGCCUUGGGGUGCUCUACAACCUCAGCGGAGAAUUCAACAAAGCUGUAGAGUCCUUCAAUACAGCCCUGUCAGUGCGGCCUGAGGACUACUUGUUGUGGAACCGCCUGGGGGCCACGCUGGCAAAUGGGGACCGGAGUGAGGAGGCAGUGGAGGCUUACACGCGAGCCCUGGAGCUGCAGCCAGGGUUUAUCAGGUCCCGCUACAACCUAGGCAUCAGCUGCAUUAACCUGGGGGCACACAGAGAGGCGGCCAGUAACUUCCUGACUGCCUUAAGCCUUCAGAGGAAAAGCCGGAGUCGCCAGCAGUCCCAUCAGGUGAUGUCUGGAAACAUCUGGGCGGCUCUGAGGAUAGCUUUAUCCAUGAUGGACCAGCCCGAACUCUUCCAGGCUGCAAACAUUGGCGACCUGGAUCUUCUCAUGCGGGCCUUCAACCUAGACAUUUGAGGAAUGGGAGGUAGUGACAAUAGCAGCUCCCCCCUUCACUUACUCUUCAAUUUCUACCCAACAGCCAAAAGCCCAAAGUGCACACAUCAGAGCGGAUCAGAUCUGAUGUUAGAGACGUAGAGUAGUGUGGUUUUUAUGCACGUCCAAAUUAACUGCCGUCGUCAAAGUUGUCACAUUUUUCGCCCAAGUACCUUGGAGCGGUUCUGAGGACAGGUUCUUCCAAGUGCUUGAAGUGACUGCUUUGUGAUGGAUUUGCACUGCAAUUUGUGAUUUCCCUGAAGAGCACAAGGACGGGCAAAGAUUGUACGAGCAAUGCCUUAGAGAACACAUCAAUUAAAAACUGACUCAUCCAGUGGAACAGAGCUGAGCCAGGAGAGACAGGCAGACAGACAGCUCGAGAAUCUCACACAGGAACCCUCACAUGCUGUUUGCAGAGAAAAGAUGAGGUUUUGAGAAAGAAUGAGAAAUGAAAAAAAAAAGGUUUUGUUAUCCAAGUAGUUUCUAGGACUCAAGUCUGUCUCGCCCUCCUGAAGGAUGGAUUUAGUGAGCAAAUGAUAAAGACGGCACCGUAUGACCUGAAGUUCGAAAUUCUGUUCCUGGCUUGUUUUCAUCCUCUUUCAAUGGAGAAUAAUGAUACUGCAUGAAUAAGCAUUUUCAUAAAUGGAUUUCUUGUUUAAAAUUAACAUAUUUUAGAAGUUUUCCCUUUGCACUUCAGACAAACAGAUACCUUCCUCAACCCAAGUGGAAUGUGCAAGCCAGGUUGUAAAGCCUUACUCAAAUGCAUGCGGGCAACAAUAUUUAUUUAUACUAUUUUUAUGGCAACACAAAAACACUAAGCCAUUUUCAGACUGGUUUUGAAUUCUUUAAAUAACUGCCAUCUUCUGAACUUGAAAGCUUUCUGAGCCAUUAUUUUUUUUGUUUUGUUGUUGUUGUUUUCUUUUGUUUUGGCUCCUAGCUUCUCUUUGUUCCCUUUAUGCUGAAUGGUUAGAGAAAUACACACAAAGCCGGGCAACAUUGAUCUUUAAAACCUUCAUUAGUGUGGAAACUUUCAAACUUUCUCAUAUGAACAAAAGUCGUUACAGGUCUAAAAAUAUCUCUUUCAUCUUCUGGGAUGGCUUUAGUAGCCCUCACAUUUGAUGUAACCACCCAAAUCUCAUUUUCCCAACUGUAUUCAUUUCAAUACAGUGUAAUAACAUUACAGGUAAUAGAUGUGUAGCUGCAAGCCAAGACCUAAGCAAGCCUGGGGUAUUUCCUAAUGCAGUCAUUUGUAUCUUCGCUGUGCCUCCGCAGGCAGCGAACCUCAUACAUUUAAUUAAAUUAGUCUGCCUCAGCCAUCAUGCAUGAUUUAAAUAUUUAUGUAAGCUUGGGCAGAAUGCCGCACAUAUUUGAAAAGCUAUUUGUUCGACCAUCUGCAGACUUCAAUUCACAUGAAGACAUUAAGUUAUCAUGCAUCUGCAAAACACAUGAUUUUAUGGAGCCAGUUAUUUGAGAUGAUUCCUCCACAUCACCACACAAGCAAAGCUUUUAAACAUGCUUUUUUGGCUUCUCGAGCAUCACUGCUGCUAGUUUGAAAAUGAAGUGAACAUCACGUUUCUUGCUGUGCGACAAAGUAAAUGAUAGAUAAUCUGCUGUUCUGAAUAGCUCAGCACCCUGGUGUUGAAAAGACGUGUGCACAGUUUUGGCUGCGCUGCUGUAGAAAGCAGGUUUUUAUUCACAGAUCCUAUGCAAAAGGUCAUGUUUUAUGUUGCCAUACUGAAUUGUCAGUUUGUCCCCAUCUGCCUCGGUGGACCAAAAGGAAGUGGUGAUUCUGUGCUUUGAAAGAACGCUAUCAGGGGAAACCAGAGACCAGUACCAGAGCCAUUCAUCUUCCAAACUGUACAGCUUUGAUGUCAUGGUCUGUAUGAGAAGAAGUGUUUCAUUAGGAAGCUGGGGGAGAACAAAAACAAGUGUGCUUUUUCAUGAGAGAAGUGUGGUCAGUGGAUGCACAAACAGCAUCCACUGAAAGUGUAGCCUUCAUGUUUUAUAACCCCGCGGUGCGGCGAUCUGACCCCGCACCUGCCGAAUUCACUGACGUACAUCAAGCUCUGCUAUCAGAUCCAUGUUUUAUUUCACAAGCCACUGCACAUGUUCUCUUUGAAACUCACCUCAAAUACACUUUGAGAGGGGAAACUAAAGUGCAGAGGUAACAAACUGUAACUGUUGUCCAACCGGUCACAUUAAUAUGUUAUCCACUUUCAACGUAAUGAGUAAGAUGAUAUUUCAGGCUGAAACAGAUGAGUAGCUACUGCAGUCAGAUACUUUAAAAAAAAUGUUGGCAGAGAUUCUCUGUGGCCAACCAUGAUGUUUAAUAGAUCAAGGAGGCAGAGGAGCCCAGCGAGACACAGCACAUAUGUGCAUGCCACUAACAAUCUGCAUCAGAGGGGGGCUGACAGUGGACUGCACAAUGACAAAGGCAACGAGGCCAAAGCAGAAGCGGAGGCACAAAUUUAUUCAGAGAUUUCAUGAUUAAAGACUUGGCAAUGUAGCUUUUGUUUUUCACUGGAAUAAUAUGGGUGAUAUCCAGUAGUCCAUCAGUGAUAUCCUGUUGAAUAUUUCAUCAUCUUUCAAUUACUAAAUAAGUUAUCUUCAGCAGCAUAGAUGGAACCAGUCAGUCUGUCUGCCCACAACUUUGCUUCAGGCAGAAAUAUCUCAGCAGCUGUUUGAUGGAUUGCCAUGAAAUUUAGCGCAGGAAUUCAUGUUCACCAGGGGAUGCCUCCUGCUGACUGGGGUGAUCCUAAGACUUUUGCUUUAGUGCCACAAAAAGUAGGGAUGGGAACCAAAUUGUCUUGGCAUUGUAUGCCUCUGAGGUUAUCAGUUUCUUUUAUCGAUGCUGGCAUGUUUUUCUAACAGCUGUGCAUUGCUAAACAAUGACGUUAAACUCAUGCAUCUACGCUGCUGGAAGCUUGGAGCAAGAUGGAGCCAUGGUGGAGAGGAAGAAAGUGUGGCUUCAUUUUAUGAAGAUGACAACAGUGUUUCUUGUAAUGUCUGUAAAAUGAUAAUUCCAAGUAAGGGUGGAUACAUCGCAACAUGAGUUUAAAGACAUACUAUACAGAAUUUUCCCUAAAAACCAGAAGUAAUCCCUCUCAGUCAUCACUUAACACUAGAGUGUGUGGUGGUGUAUUUUUCUGCCCUCUGCCACUGCCUCUCAACCAAGCAGGACGUCUAUUGCUGAGGAGAAAUAUCCUCUGUAUAACAUUAUUAACAUUUUAUCAACAUUAGCAUCAAGCAGGGAGGUUUAGCAGAUUCUUUUGUCUCAGAAUACCAAAACGAAAACAAAUGCUGUACAAACAGGCUAUUCUCCUUAUUUCAUUCAUUUCAUAUGAUCAAUACGUCUGCUCUGAUGCUGAAAACCUGUGUGCACCUACUGUUUUCCACACAGAAAACUGAUCAGGACUCAAUAAGGGAACUGAUAAACAAUUAGAGGAAUAAACAAAAUCGAUAAUGGCUUUGGUAUCAAUAAAAUCUUAUCAAUUCCCAUCCCUAACCAUUAGUGAAAUAUCUAAACUACUGCAUAGAUCACCAUGAAAUGUGGCACAGACAUUCCUGCCCUCCUCAGGAUGGAUUUUAAUAACUUUUUUUUUAUCUCACAUCACCAUCAGGUCAAAAUUUAAAUGUGUCCAAUACCUGCGAAGCUAAUUAUAUUCUCAUCAGCCUCAGCUUUACUUUGCGUUUAGUGCUAAAUAACAACUGCUAGUAUGCUAAACAUUAGCAUGUUAGCAUUGUUGCAGCACCACUGUGCAGCCUCACAGAGCCCCGAGCAUGGCUGCAGACUCUUGCUUGCAUCUAUGUUCCAGCUGCUCCCACUGUACAUCUGUUUCAGCCAAGCUUCUGUUGACAUCCACCUCAGUUUUUUAUGGUGUGUGUACAAACGCUGCCGGCUAGAGGCUCACUGAGCCAGCGUGCUGAGCACUGUUCCCAAGACUGUUUCAUUUGUAUCAGAUUAGAGUCUUAGCACAUCCAAGACAAGCUUCCACCCACUUUUCUUUCCAUAAACCCAGUGUACUUGUUAUAGUUCCCUGAGAAACUGUUGAGCGUCUUGGGAGUUAUUCUUCAGGCCAGUAUCCCUCCUGUUUUUAAAAAUGAACACAUACUCUGUCCCUGGUCCUCCCAGCUGUCUUAUGUGUCAACAGUGAACUGUAGAAACUCAAAAACAUGAUGUCUGGUAAGUUGUGAUUUCCAAAUCAACUCUAGUUUUCUUAUAUGAGGUUGUAGGCCUUCGCUUUUUUGCAUUUCAAGAUACUGUAGUUGUGUUAAAAAUGAGAAACUUAUUUUUUUAAAGAAACUUUAAAUUGCUGGCUUAAAGUCUAAACUUUUACUGUGCACAUCAUACUGCAGCGCAUUGACAUAGGAUGCCUGGUGGCAGAUUUCUUUUUGUUGAACCUACCUACCGUACCUUCUCAGGUGAACUGACCUAGCUUAACGCAUGCUCCUGAGGAACAGAUGGAGGUUGAUCGCAUGCUAGAUCCUCUACAUUUGUUUUUUUUCUGGAUGCUAUUUUCAUUUGUAUGCAUGAAAAAAAUGGAAGUGCUUUCUUUUGCUCCCACUAAUGUAGAGAAAUGAAAUAUAUCAUGAGGUUUCCUUACAAUAUUUCUACAAUGCACUUUUAAAAUCUGCAACCUUGACGAGAAGUGAUGUAUAUAUUCAGUUAUAUAUUCUACACCAGAUGCUUUUUCUUGCAUAGAACGAGCGAGUGCGCGAGGCUCGAGCAGAGAGAUGAGUGUGAGGCGCAUCACACUUAAAUCUCUUCUGAACGUGCCGACACUUGAGCUUGAAAACUGGUACAUUGCUACCACUGGAUAACUGUAGUUGUAUCCUGUAGAAAUUUUGUAAUUAUGGCUUCGACAAAUUAUAAAUGUGCUGGUGACACUUUUGAUAACCCCACCCAGUACAGCCAUCUGUCUGUUGUUUCUAAAUGCUUUUAGUGUUGAAACAUGAUCAUGCUUAACGUCACAUCAAUGAAAUGUCAUGCACACAUUCAUAAAGCUGCUGUGAAUGAUUCAUAGUUACUUAUUAAUAUCAUAAUUUUAUAAACUGUAAAUCAUUACAGCUUUGUUGGUUCUGGUUACACAUGUAAACAGAACAAAACAUUGAAAUGAGUGAUAUUAACAUGUUCAGCACUGAGUUUACACAGUGUUGCUUUAUAUACAGAGACCCAAAGUGUUCAGAAUUACGUAAAUAAGUAAAUACAUAUGGCAUUGUGGAAUAAAUAAUCAUAUGAAUCAUGAAUAAAAACAGACAUGUAUAUGUAAUGUGACUAUGAAAUGAGGUGCGAAAUAACCACAAAACUCAGCAUAUUAUUUGGGAUUUUCACAAUAAAAGUCUAUAAAGUAUGGAAAUAUGUUGGAAAACCAGUAUGAAUGAUAUGGGCUGGAAUUAUUUUUUAUUAUAUAACAUGUUUGCAGUACUUCCCAGCAGUGAUAAUGAUAAGAAAAAAAGACUGAUGGAAAAAACACACAUAAAAAAUAAUUAAUUCAAGAUCGGUUUGUUAAAUUUGCCGUUAUGAGUCGAUUAGCUUCGUAGCUACUGUAGCUAGCAGUAGCUCCUCCUGCAACACAAUGUACUGUUGCACGGGGGUGUAAAUCACAAGUUUAACCAUGAUGUGAUAUCAGUUAUUUAAAUGACAAUACAAUAUUUGCUGGUGUCACAAAGUCUGCCAUGAUACGAUUUCAAUUUGGUUUAACUCAAGGGCCAUGGACUAAUAUGACACAUUAUCAAUAAAUAUCAGCAUUGUCUUUUUCUUGGCUGCUUACCAUUAUCCACCUACUGCUAGCCUGUUUAGGAAUAAGGUGCUGGUACAGAAAUGGUGACACAGACGUGCCAUGAGAAUUUCAAAGUAAAGGCAUAUCUAAAAGAUUAUGAUGUGUAUCUGUGUUUUCACUUUGCAGCAUUGAUACUGGAUUGAUGAUCACUGAAUCGAUUUAUCUAUCCAGAUUGAUGUAUCAUUACACCCAUACAUGUUUCAACAAUCCGACUUUUAGUUUGUAGGUGUUUAACGUCUCCUGACAGCCUGCAAUCUGAUACAAUAACAUUUUAUAACUACCACUACUGCUGACAGCAGGCAAGAGAAAAUAUUUUGCACAUUAGAUUUAAGAUAUUUUAGUAUCUUCUAUGGCCUUCUUUAAAAUGUAUUCAUUUAUUUAGAGGAAAUACCUGUAUUUAUGUAAUAAAUUUUGAACACUUUGGAUCUCCAUAUUUAUGAAGCUUUGUGAGUGUGGGUUUAGUCUUCAUGCAUUAAAUAUCAGGUUCUCACAAUAUGAAGCCUUUAUAAAUUGUUAUUAACGGCAUCAUUGGUUGGGGUUAUCAAAGGUUUUCAGUACGUGCUGUGUACAUUUCUUUCUUCACUCCUUUAAUUCAACAUGUGUACAAAGGCAGUUUGCUCUGGGUUAUUUAUCGAUGCAUCAGACGUGUAUGAAUAAAAUGAUAUUUUGAUGAAUGAAGUUAGAAAUUAUAUACUUUAUAUACAGUAUGAAUAACUUAUUGAAACACCUACUAUAAUGCAUAUUACUCUCCCUGUAUAAUCACAAAGAAAGCAUUAGCACCUUUGAAACGUACAAUAUGAAAGUAAUCUUUUAAAAUAAACUGUUGUUAUAUAUUCUACGCUCUCGUGUUUUUAUUUUCCAAAAGAAAAACACUUGAACUGCAGCGUCUUGUUCUUUCGUAAAGAGGCCAAGUCUCAACAAAGGUGGAGUUUAUUAAAUUAUCCAAACAUCGUAAGUAAACAGUGCCACUGAGUAUACUGUCAUGACUCUAUUCACAUACACCUAAGCCACAUUUGGAUAAACGCAUACAUUACAAAAGUCAACUUAAAAUAUUCCCUUCAGGAAAUCUAGGUAAUGAAAACUACAGAAUUGGCACAAACUUGUUUGCAAAAAGGCAACAGAGUAAAAACAGGUGAAGAACCUUUUUUUUUUUU